UAAAAGUCUGUAAUGUAGAGGUACAAUCGAGGGACAUCGAAAUCCGCAAGGCUACGAAGGAAGACCGGCAGGAUAUCAUUGAAGUCAUCAGAAGUGGCUUCCCAGAUGAUCCUGGCUGUGCCUACAAGUUUCCGAAUCGUGUUGAGUUCCCAGAGGACUUUGAUGAGUGGACAGGGAAGGAUCUCGACACAUAUAUGCAACAGCCAGAAAAGUAUUCAGUUCUUAUUGCAAGAUUGUCUAAUAAAACAAUUGCAUAUAGUAUCUGGGAUAUAGAUAUGUGUAUCAAGUCGAAUAUUGGAGAUCAUGGCAUUGAGAAGCGGCGGGAUGCUGAUCCAGCGCAUAUGAAAGAAUAUUCUAAAAGAAUGUCUGAAACAUAUUCUAAAUAUUUCAACAAGUAUGGGAGCAAGCAGCUAAGGCUGGAGUGGCUCAUUGUUCAUCCAGACUUCCGCUACCGUGGGGCUGGCACUAUACUAUGCAAUUGGGGCAAGGAGGAAGCUAUCAAGCGGGGUGGUUGGACCCUAACUGUCACAGCUAGCCCAAUGGGCAAGUGCCUUUACAAUAAACUUGGGUAUCAGGAUCUUGGAGUAGUUGUGGCUCAGGUGGAUAAAGAAGUAGAGCGAGUGGGGAUCUUCGUCUUAGCCAAGGAGGACCUCGUAAAGAUGUAGAGAUAUCCGGUUUAGUAGGGCUUAUUAUUAUAUACUGAGUUGCAAUAUUGA